CGCCUCUGCCCAGCAGGUCACUGACUCAGCCACCCUGUUGACCGAGGCUUCUGGUGGAGGCCAGGGAGCCGGGCGGGGGGGCUUCCUUGGGCUCCUGGUCGCACGGAAGGCAGAAACGAUGCCCGGCCGGCCCGGCCUCCUGCUGCUGCUGGCCUUCUCGGUGCUGGCCCCGCCGGGGAGCGCCGCCUCCGCCCGCCUGUCCUCGUGCCGCCGCUUCGGCGGCGCCACCGUCUUCUGCUCGGGCCGAAACGUCUCGGGCGUCCCGGAGGAGCUGCCCCCCGAGGCCACCCGGCUGCUCUUCGUGGGCGCCUCGCUGAGCUCCCUUCCCUGCCGCGCCUUCGCCCCGCGCAACAACGGCAGCAGCGGCGGCGGCGGCCUGCGCCAGCUCGCCUUCCUGGACUGCCCGCUCCGGACGCUCCCGGGCUGCGCCUUGGCGGGGCUGCCGCGGCUGCGGGAGCUGGACGUGGCCCUCGCCCAGCUGGCCGGCCUCCCCCGCGGGGCCCUGCUGGGCUUGGGCCGCCUGAGCAAGCUGGCCGUCCGCCACAGCCGGCUGGAAGCGCUGGAAGAGGGGCUCUUCGACGGCACCCCGGCGCUCCAAGCGCUGCAGCUGCAGGGCAACCGGCUGACGACGCUGCCCCCGCGCCUCUUCCAGCCGCUGCCCGGCCUCCAGGCGCUCUCGCUGGCCCAGAACCGGCUGGCCGAGCUGCCGGCCGAGACCUUCCAGCCGCUCCUGCGCCUGCGCGAGCUCCGGCUGAGCGACAACCUGCUGAGGCGCCUCCCGCCGCGGCUCUUCCGCCCUCUGGCGGCGCUGCGGGAGCUCUUCCUGGACGGGAACCGGCUGGCCGAGCUGCCCCGGGGCCUCUUCGCCGGGCUGGGCCGGCUGCGGCGGCUGCACCUGCAGCACAACGCCCUGGGGCGCCUGGAGCCCCCCGGCCUCUUGGCGGGGCUGCCCAGCCUGGCUUUCCUGCUGCUGCAGGACAACCAGCUGGCCCGGCUGCCCGCGGGGCUCUUCCGGGGGACGCCCCGCCUGGUGGAGCUCUCCCUGGCCCGCAACCGGCUCCGGGACCUGCCCGCGGGGCUCUUCGGCAACCUCUCGGAGCUGUCCGUCCUCAGCCUCGCCCACAACCGGCUGGGCCGCGUGGCUGCCGGCACCUUCCGGGGCUUGGCCGGGCUGGGCCGGCUGCAGCUGCGCCACAACGCCCUGGCCGUCCUCCCCAGGGCGGCCUUCGCCAACCUCAGCAGCCUGGAGGCCUUGGACCUGGCCCACAACCGGCUGGAGAGUCUGCCCGAGGGGCUCUUCGACGCCAACGAGGCCCUGGUCAGCCUGGCUCUGGAGGGCAACCCCUGGCGCUGCGACUGCCACCUGGCCCCCCUGGCCGCCUGGCUGAGCUCUCUGGACCACCCGCUUGGCGCCCGGGUCCUCUGCCGGGCCCCCGCCCCCUUGGAGGGCAGGACUCUCCUGGCUGCCAGGGAGGAGCAGCUCCUCUGCCCCUGCCAACCUGGCAGUGCCCGCUGCCGAGUGGAUGCUCCGCCCCCCACGGAAGAGACAGGCGCCCUGGACCGGGAUGGGCCCUCGGAGUUAGGAGGCUGCAUUGCAGAGAGCGCUGGUAGGCGCAGGGGAUACUUUGAAAAAGGCUCAGGGCUGUUGGUCUCUUCCAGCAUGUGGCUCAGGGCCACCCUCCUCCUCCUCCUCCUCCUCUUCCGGACCGGCCAAGGGAAUCAGGGUUGCAGUGGCACCCCGAACGAGAGCUGCCCCUUUCAAGAGGUCUACACGAGGGCCCGAGAUAUCGCAGAGAUCCCCAAGUCAGUAGCUCCCAUUAUCACGGAAAUGUUCUUUGUGGACACCAGCAUUGUAGAAAUUAGGCAGGGAGCCUUCGCGAACAUGUCUAACCUGGUGAAAAUUGUGUUCCUAAACAACAAGAUUAAAAGAGUUGAAGCGGGAGCAUUUGAGAACUUGGAGAACUUGGUGGAUCUGGAAAUCACCGGGGCUGAGUUAGGGGAUCUCCCCGUGGGCACCUUCCGCUCCCUGGAUCGCUUGCGGAAAGUGAACCUGAGGGACUCCCGGAUGAGAAGGAUCGAGAAAGGGCUGUUCGACGGCCUUGGGGACUUGGAAGAGGUCUACCUGCAUCGGAAUGAAAUCGGGUCUCUCCCCGGUGGGGUUUUUGAUGGGCUCCCUAAACUCUCCUUGUUACAUUUGGGGUGGAACCAGAUUUCCAACGUCUCACAGGAUCUCUUCAAGCCCCUGACCCAGUUGAAGACUCUCCGGUUGCAGAAUAACCAGGUCGGGAGUCUAGGGGCGGGGACUCUGGACAGCCUGCAGCAGCUGGUGGAGCUCAACCUGGAGAGCAACAGGCUCCAGACUCUCCUGCCCAACUUGCUAAGCCGGCUGGUCAACCUGGAGAGGAUUUUUCUGGACAAGAACUCGAUUGAAGUUCUCCCCCAUGAGACCUUCCUUGGACUGGGAAAAGUGAAGCAGCUGAAAAUGGCGUCCAACCGCCUGAAAGCCUUCCCGGCCUUGGGGGCCAUGCAGCUGCUGACGGAGCUGGACCUGAGCAGAAACAGGAUCUCCACCCUGGAGAAUUUGGCGGGGGCUUCUCUCCCGUCCCUGACGACUCUCAAGCUCCAGGGAAACCAGCUGGAGACCCUCCCCACGGGUUACUUGGACCACCUGGGAAAGCUCACCUCCCUGUAUCUUGGAGACAAUCCGUGGAGGUGCGACUGUCACCUUCUCUACCUCCAUCAGUGGAUGAAGAUGAAUGCUAAAAGGAUAAAGGAUGCCAAGAAGUUGGCCUGCAGAAGCCCAGGAGGCCUGGCUGGCAAAGAAGUGGGCUCCCUGUCAAGAGACCAGCUGGUCUGUUUAACAACCACCCCCACCUUCAAGGCCACCUUCAAGGCCACCCCGUUGCCCACCUCCGCUUCUCCACCUGCCACCCUGGCAAAGAGAAACACAACCGGCACCUCAGCUCAGCCCCCCGCGCUGCAGAAGGCCCCCACCACCACAUCUCAGCCCCCUCCUACGAAAAGCGCACAAACCGUGGUUCCCGGCGGCCCUACACCCCCCCCCACGAGCACCCCAACCCCAACUCCCAGCUCUCCCCUCACCCCCCCUCAGAGUCCCACCUCAGCCAGGACAAGCCCUGAAGUCACAAGCCAUCAAGCCACAACUUCCACGAGUCCUUCAACCACAGACAAAGACACCACAACGGUCUCUGAGAUUUCUUCCACAACCCCUGAAAUAAUUUCCACGACUUCUCCAACCACAACCAAAGACGCCACAACUGUCACUGAACAGCCUUCCACAACUCUACAAGCCACAACUUUCACGGCUUCUCCAACCACAACCAAAGACGCCACAACUGUCACUGAACAGCCUUCCACAACGUUACAAGCCACAACUUCCACGACUUCUCCAACCACAACUCAAAAUGCCACAACUGAAAUUUCUUCCAUAGGCUACCAGUUCACCUCUUGUACAGAUACUCUGACCCCAGAUGCUGGACCGGGUACCCGAACCACGGAAACCACUGCGCCCUGGGACACUCCCACCAAGACCCCCCCCACUGCUCUGACUAACAUCAGCUCAGCAAGAUCCUAUGCACCAUUUAUAGUCCCCAGGAGAUCCACCGCAAGCCAGGACACACCCACUCGCACUCCUGUGACUGCCACGUCACCUGUGUGUCGCUCCAGGCCCUCUUUGCCGGACCCAUCCUCCAGGCAAGUGAUGACUGUGCCCAGCCCCACAGCCCCCAGGGCGAUGCUGGCACAGACGCCCGCUGCAGGCUCAGCCCUGGCACCUCCCUCUGCCCCAGGCCUCCCCCUUUGCCCUUCCUCUCCUCCCCCUCCCUGGCCCCGGAGUGUUGGGAGCCCCCUUCCCCUCCCCAACCGGCCUGCCCUCCUGCCACAGCACCAGGCCUGGGGCUCCCUGCUGAGCUCCAACUCCUGGUAUUGCCGCGUGUUCCUCCCGCUUUACCUUUCCAUGCUCUCUGUGGGCAUCUUCUGUGCAGUCGCCUUGGGGCGCCUGGCAUACACACUCCACAAAGCCACGGAGUCGGUCCAGCUGCCUCCCCGGCUGGUGAGGCUGGUCCACGUCAAGGCCAGGCGAGGGAGGGAGUGACGGGUGGGGGCAGGAAAGCAGCCCUGCCACCUCCCACCCCUCUUGCCUCAUGGGGCGCCCCCCCCCCGGGACCCAGGGCAAGGUGCCCUGUGCUGGGCUGCUUCUUGCUAGUACCGCCACCUCCUGGGCCCCAGAUGGAGAAAUGGAGUCUACCCACUGCAGCCCUACCUGGAACCAGAGGGCCUUUCUCACCCUCUCCACCACCACGUGGUGGGGCUAUUCUGAUGCACUUGUGGCAGUAAAAGAUCUCCCACACCACAGACAGGGAUGCUCCCACCCCACUCCCUAUGAACUGCUGAAGGUGCCCCCGCACCCUCACCAGGAAACCUCUGCAGCCAGAGGAUUAACCCCGAGUGGUGACAGGAGGACGAACCGGCCAGGCGUUGGGGGUCCAGGGAAGCAGGCUGCUUCUAUUCUCCGGCCAGGCGUAUCUCGGAGCCUUCCUAAGGACGAGGCCACAAGGGUGGACUUAUCUAAGGCUGUCCUUCCACCCGGUCGGCCUGUUCCUUUGCAAUGCAGCCCAGGAGGCAACAGGUAGAGAAGCUCCCCCUUUUGGGUCAAGGCUUUUGGGUCAGCAAGCGCCAAAACCGUGGGAAGGAGGGCCCGGGGCACACUGCACGCAUGCUGAU